CUGCCACAUCACUAGCAUGGCGGACUACGGAGCAGGAAUUCCGCCUAUGCGCUGAUGACAGCGUCGUGGAGGGGGUAACAUCGAUAAUGACCAUCCUGUGGCGGUACAGGUCUGUUGCUCGGCUACGAGCGGCAAUCCCUCAGAGCAACUAAUCAGCUGAGAGCAACUCGGCAGCAGGAGAGCAUCCAGUAGACCCACAGCUGUUUGGGCCACCAGCUGGUUCAGGAACCUGACAGAGCCGAGCCGAGUCUGUCCUGAUGCUCAGAUUUGGAUCAGUGCCUUUUUCUACUCUUGAACUUCUGACUUGAACAAACUAGUUUACUUUCUCCUGGAGAGUUGAAGUCACACGAUCAUGGAUUUGUUUGAGGUGCUGCAUUUGGACGAGCUGUCCCACGGACUGGCAAACUUGUCCAUGUUUCCAUACUUUGACAUGGCGCACUACAUGGUGUCAGUCAUGGCUCUGAGGGAGCAGCCAGGUGAGUGAUCGAGCUGAGGCUGGCGCAAAGUUCAAGCCUCAACUCUCUCCCAGCACUCGACUAUUACAGUUUUAUCCUAGUUUUUAGUUUCUAACUUAUUUAUUUAGCUGAAACAAAGGACUAGUUCAGCAUUGUUGUGUAAAAGUUUGCACCUGGUUGAAGUUCAGUUAUAAGAGCCUGCAGCCAUCCUGGCAUUGAGAGCACUACAGUGAAACGCCGCCAUUCAGGUUGAACAACAACACAUGCAAUUAAAUAGAAAUAAUUAUAACGACUGCAGCUGAUGAAAUCAAAAUAACGUCGUCGUCGUCCCCUCUUUUCAUUUGUAGUGAUCUUUACUUAAGACCCUUUCAGAAAAAUACUCAAAAGCCACAUGACUUAUGAUAUCAAAUUAUAUGAAUUAAUUCCAUGAUUUUUAUUUAUUUUCAUGAAAUGUUCUUCAAAAGUCAUAAUAGUUUAUCUUUAGGAGUAUGAAGAUGGUCUUUUAAUCCUCCUGCAAAAGCAUAUAGGGGAGAGUGGGGUAAGUUGAGCCACCGCCCUGUUGCUUGGAAAUAGUAAAAUAAAUUGAUCAUGUGACCAAAUAUUAAGGGGAUGGGCAUCAAUUCAUGGAGUCUGUGAAGGUUAGAAGCACAUGGGUGAAGGGGUGAGACAUUUAUUCCCAGAAAAACAUUUUUCACUCUUGACAGUGAAUUUAGUCUGUCCUAAGUUUUAUUAGAAUUGUGUUCAGACCAAAAAAGAUCAUUAUUAAUUUCUUUAUACAUCAGUUGUGGUAUCUAUGAGCUACAACAUGAGGUCAAAAACCUCAAAACCUUUCUCAGUGGCUCAGCUGAGAAAGUAAAGGAGUCUGAUGAGAGGAUCAGAGUUUCAGUUCAGAUUGUUGAAAUGUGUUACUUUAAUUACAGAAAUACAGCUGUGAAUGUUCAGAAUCACUUACAUACAUUCUCAUGUUAAAAUGACUUUUUACAAAACAGCUUUUUAGCAGUUAUAUGCAAUAAUGAUAAAAAUAAUUAUUGUACCAGUUGAAUAGCUUAUAAUAGAUAUAAUAAUAUAAAAAAUACAAAUACACAAAUACACAUGAAUGUGAAGAAGUGACUGUUAUUGAGGGAGAGAGAAGGUGAGGGAGGGCUGGGGUGGAGAGUGGGGGGGUAGUAGGGAUACAGCUCAACUUACCCCACUCCUACGGUCAAUUUACCCCAUACACGGGGUGAGUUGACCAUGGGAGACCACUUUUUUUUGGUAUGCUAUAUUAUCAAGACAGUUAUGUUUACACUCAUUCUGCUAAUUUACAGGGAUGCACAACAUCUUGAAAUAUUUGCAGAUACACUAGUUAGAGACAAAACUAUGAUUAUCUUGAUGUAGUGAUCUGAAAUAUGAAAAAUGGCUCAUCUUACCCCACUCUCCCCUAUAUGUAUUUUUUGUGCUCAAUACAUUGUUCCAAUACUAAUUUGUAAUGUAGUGGCAUUCAUUUUGUCCUCAAAGAGUUGUAUAAGUACAUAAAGCGGGAGUUUGGGGUACAAAGGUGGCUCAGAAGUUAAAUAAAUAGACUCAUCAUCUAAGUCCUUGUUCAACACCUGUUUCCUGUUUGUUUUUCGUGUUUUACUCACAAAGACUCGGCCUAACUUUAAAAGAAAAACUCUCUCUCAGAGCAACAGUUGAUUGUGUUAGCUCACACCAAAGACCGGCACCGGGCCAGCUACGUUAUGUCACGGGGAUAGUGGCAAGAGAGACAGGUGGACUGUAACCACACACACAUAAACACAAGAACAUACACACAGUCCAUUGUAGUCCCGCCGCUGAGCGUCUAUUUUUGAACUUGCCUUGCAAAGCAUUCGAGCUCCCGUGACCUUUUAACCCUUCGUCCUCUGCUCCCAUCUAUCUGGAGCUGAUUCAAACAGAGAGUAAAAAUAUGGAGAAACAAUAUGGCAGAAGACAGUAAACACAACACAAAGUCUGUGUGUGUGUGUGUGUGUUUAUGAGGAAAUUAGUUGUGUUUAAACAUGGAGGGAAAACCCUGACAGGCACCCCACAGGCACUGUGACUUUCAAAAUCGCUGAAUUGAUUCGAAAGCUACAAAAAGAAGUCAAAUAAAAGUGGAAUAAAGGUAAACCGUAAACAGUCAGAAAGUACGCUCCAGGUCUUCGUCUCCCCAAGAAGGGAAGGAAUGCUGUAAACCUUUCAACCCUUUCUCUCUUUUCUUUUCCCUGUGCUAAAUCUUCCCUUCCUGCUCUUAACUGCAUCCAGUCUUGGAGUUUAGUGCUGCAGCUGCUCAGCACUCUCACAAAUAGAAAUGUACCAUUCGCCUUUUCUCGAAUUAUCCAGAAGUUUCAAGCUGGAUAACACGACUAAUUAUUUUUGAAACAUAAGAAGCUCAGUGCCAAACAUUUAAGGAGGGCUUCCCAGUUAUUUUUCCAUGUUUAUGACACUGUCAGUGCAGAUUACCACAGAGUUAUUUUGAGCAGAUUAAUAAACAUUGUUGUGAGUGGAUUGAAAGGGACUCAAGAGGACAGGGACGAGGAAGAAGAACAGAGGUUGCGUGUCAAUCAUUGGUCCAAUCCAAAAAUAACCAGAGAUAAGCCACUUUUUUCUUAUCUGGUGCUGCCUGCAAGGGCAGUGUCUGCAGACGGGACAAGAUAGAGGUGAAGAAAACGUUGAAAAGGGCAGUUAAGUUGAAGUAGGGUUGAGGUCACACUUGAAAACUUAGUGGUAGAUUAAGAGAAAAGAGUGGAGAGGCCUGGGUUGAUGUGUGGCAUUUAGUCUCGUUGUGUCUGGUAGGAUAUGUGUGCUCAUAGACAGGACUAAUGACUUUAUCAGACUGCAGUGUCACUGCUGGAGUAACAACGACACAGAUGCUUGUUAUUCCUCAGUCAUCAGUCUCUACCAUAAACUGUGAUCCAUUAAUUUGUUUUCUAAGGUGUUUCAGCCUCCUGUUCUUUUCAGUGAAACUAUCACCAUCAGAAGUGACUAUGCUCGAAUGAAAGGUUGUAUACAAAUUGUUAAUCACAGUCCUUGCAGACUUCUUACAUAGGAAGCUACGGCCUCAAGCUUUCCUUCUUAACCAUUUGUUUUACCGUAAAUAAGACUAUUGUUUACAAAAUAUGAAUAUCAUACAGUCAUUGCGAAGACUUGAAUCUUGUAACUGACACCAUGAAUUAAGAAGUCUUAAAACUGCAGUUGCUCAAGUAUCCACUUGAGGCUGAGGUUCCUUAAAGGGAUAUUCCGGCAUAAAAUUAAUUUAGGGUCAAACACACCAUAACACCGAGUUAGACAUCCCCUCUAGAGAUGACUGUUGCUGACCCCUUGCUUCUUUAACUGUAGUAAUGACCGCACAAUAGCAAUACAUGGCGAGCUAAGGAGCCAUACACAAACCUAAACCAAAAAGCCACUCUAUAGCCACAAAUAAUGCUCAGAACAGCACCUAACUUUAUCAACAGUACAAGCCAUAACACUAGCCACCAAACAAAUUUUUAGCUUUGACAAAGUUCUUUAGCAAAGAGACUGAACACAACUCACCCACUCUCUUCCAGCAGCUAUUUGUUUGUAGCCAGACCUCGGGUCAGUCCAUUACGGACUGCUGCGGGGUGACGCAGCCCAAGGAAGAACAUUUAUGAUCAUUUCUUUAUGAAAAUGCAAUCAGACAGAAACGCUAAGGCAGAAGAACUACCGCGUCUGCAGUGCAAAAAUGAUUAAUAUGGUGAUUAUUCCUUCAAGGAAAUGAUAGAGAAAUUAUCAUAAAUGUUCUUCUUUGAGCGGCGUCACCCCGCAGUAGUCGAUGGACUCGCUUAAGGUCUCGCUACAAACAAGCGGCUGCUGGAAGAGAGUAGGUGAGUUGUGUUUAGUCUCUUUGCUAAAGAAAUCAGGCAAAGCUAAACAGAUGUUAGGUGCUAUGGCUGGGACCCUAUAUGUACUGUUGAUGAAGUUAGGUGCUGUUCUGAGCAUUAUUUGUGGCUAUAGAGUGGCGUUUUGGUUGAGCGCGUGGCUCCUGAGACCGCUGCGUAUUGCUGUUGUGCGGUCAUUACUAAAGUUGGUCUAACUAGAGGGGCAAGCGGUUGGCGACAUUCAUCUCUCGAGGGGGUGUCUACCUCGGUGUUACAGUGUGUUUGACCCUAAAUUAAUUUUACGCCAGAAUAUUCCUUUAAGUGGGCAAAUGAGGCUUCAAGAGUAAGGAGACCCUCUUAUGUUAAAAUAGAUCAAAACCAUCUUUAUAAUCCGGUUUAAAACAUGAGGCAAAGGGUCGCAGGUUGGGAUAAUCUGGGACCCCUGAGCUAAACUGCAUAAUUUGUCAUUAUUCGGAGAUACAAAUUGUAGGUGUGAGCCAGGAAGCUAAAGUUCAGUCUAAACUCUGCCUCAGUGGCCUCAUUUUUAAUCUCCUAAAAGCUAGAUUGAUUCAGCAUUUCUGAUUUGAUGACUGCCAUCAUUUGGCUUUGAAACUCCUCUUCAGAAACUAACGGUGAUGCCACUGAGAUCAUACCUUUAAUUUACUGUCUGCUGACUCCCUUUGUGUUAAAUGAUGAAAGGCCUUUAAAAUAUGAAUAAAUAUAAACAAUAUGAAUCAAAACAACAGUGUGGUGUAACAAAAUCCACUCUUUACCUGUCAAAGUGAAAGCUACUACAGCUAUAGAGAGAAAAGGAGGGAGAUAGAGGAAGUGAAAGUAAGGAAACAUAUCACAGCUGUUGCGUUCCUGGCUGUGGCACUUUGACUUGUAAAUUAGCCUUGUAAUAUUGUCUCCUUUAAAUGCAAACCUGGAGGUAGAAACUUCACCAAGUGUGUGGUUUAAAGUGUAUUUCUGGUUUAGAAUGACACAUCAACUUAAGACGUUUCAGAAAAUAUCUGUAACAAGGCUCUAAAUGUGGGUUUAAAUUCUGUGAGCUUCAUGAAUAUCACCCCUCGGUUUUUCACUUUCAAAGUCGGUGCUCUGCCUGUCAGGCCCAGACAGCACUUUGUUCUGCUCCGAAACACAAAGUGAUGACUAAGCAGCACUGUUUACUAUGUAAGCAGGGUGGUGCUUUUAUGAACUGUCUGCUGGAGUAGCUGUUAGACCAAAGAAACAGGCAUUGAGCAGUUAUGUAGGACACAACAUGCAUGACUGGUGGCAUUUUUAACCACUUCCUAUACUGUAUGAGAUUUGCAUCUUUUUCCUCUGACUGUGGAAACUUAUUCAGGACCACUGGGGUUUAAAAUGUAAGAUUUAUAGCAGACAUUAUGUCAAACUCACCUCUUGUGUGCUUGUGGCGCAGCUGUCCCAGAUAUUUCUGGCUUUUAAUAGUUUUUUAAUGAUGAAGGGUGAACCAGGGGGCACGAGAAAGUUCAAAAUGUGAGGUAGAGCUAAAGGCACAGGUGCAGAGGAGACAAACAACAGGAAGUUAUUUUAGUUUGGCCUGUUUACAGAGUGGCCGCAGCAGCUUUCAUGUGCUGCUUUUGAAGACUAUAAAGGCGUUGUGAUUUGUCCAUGCCCUUUGAGACACACUCAAAAAACUAUGUUUCAUAUUUAAUACGUUUUUGUCUUAAGGUGACGCUAACUUUCUGAGCAUACAAACACCAUUGUUUAGGUUCAUUCUGUAUUAAAGUUAACAGGUAUAGUUUUAUGGAGGCUAAAAACAAGAAUCCCCAGUAAUGAAUUCAGCAUAAACUUUUGUAGCUUUUUGCUCAACAGAAAUGAGAACAGACAAAAAACGUGUGGCUUAAAUAAAUUACUGAGUAGCAAACGUCUCAUAAGCUCUCAAAUGAAGAGAAUCAUAGUUCCAUAGCUGAGAGGAUUUUUCAUAGUGCUGGGACGAUAUGCUUUUCUCCUGAUUCGUCUCUUCUACGACUUUUUCGAUGCCGAUACAAUUUAAAAUGCGAUUCUAUGAUAUUGUCAAUUUUCCCGAUGUUUAUUCUGCAUUUUUAACUCCACUGAUACAGUUCAAUAAUUAUGAUUGCCUACUGACUAUUCCAGGAACCAUAUUUCCCCUAAAAAUACACAUCCCAUGUAAGUCAAUUUUUAAGAUUUAUUCUUGAAUUUGAAAAAAAAAUCGAUUUGAAAAUUGUAAAACAAAAAAUCGUAAUACUUGUGUGAAUCGAUUUUUUUCUCCCACCCCUAAUUUUUCAUCCAGCUGUUAAAGAGGUCGGUUCACUGCAAAGCUUCACCCAAAAGUUUGAAAACAACUGUCUCAAACCUUCUGGUUUAAACUUCUGUAAAGACUAAGAUUAGGCUUUCUAUAAAAAAAUUAGAAGCACAUUUUUCAGUACUUAAAAAUAGGAGAAUAGGUGGAAAGUACACGAGCAGAAAUACAAAAAAGUAAAUCCAACUCUGAGAUGUUCCCUGAGUAUGUGUUUUUUUUAAGCAUCAAGAAAUGAUUAAGUUCCUAAACUUCUAUCAAAACUUGUAGAUAUUCUUGGGCAGUAAAUUGAAGUGCUUCUCAAACAUGUUCCUGCUAUUUAGAGGUGAUGGAGACUGUAAAAGUCCACUUGAAUCUGCCGAGGAGGAGGAGGAGGAUAGAGCCCUGAAUCCUUCUGGUUUACUGGUCUCUCCAGGAGUCCAUAAUCUGUCUGUAAUCCUCAGAUUACCUGUAUGGUCCUGUGUGCAGCCACAGUUACUCAAUGUUGACUGAGCUGCUUCCUGUCUGAGGUUAAGUGAAACACAUACUGUGUCCUUGUGCACCUUUUUCCACGCAGAUUCCAGAUUUUCAGAAACUUGUUUUUGCACAUGCAUGUCACAGCGGAGAUCUCCUCUCGGUCUAUCUAACAUGAAAAUGACAACAGGAGCGAGCUGAGACAUGUCGCUCAACCCCGUUUCUUAUGAAAAUUUUGUUUCAGUCACUUGUGUUCACACGGGUACCAACCUUGAAAAAGUUCUGAAAUUUUCAGGUUUGCCCAAGAUAGUUGAAACUUUUUACUCUCCUUUAACUUAAAGGCUGACAUGUAAAGCCUUCGAAACUUUUAUUUAUUUCAUAAUUAAUUUCUGUACUCGUGCUUUUUAAGCUUCCUAUAAAUACUGACUGUUUUAUAGAAGUUAGUGUGGCAUUAGUGCAAAUAGGCCUACAGUGUCGUCUUUUUUUCUUGAACAGGGUGAACACAGAGAACGUUGAGUAAGUUAUGCUAAUCUCUACUGUGCUGAUACAAUUUGUAACUGUAAAUGUCAUGUCUUAACUCUGCACUUUGUCCUGUUGACUCAGAUGUAAAUAAUGAUAUAGUGCUUGUCAAACCUGUCUCUCUUGGUGCCCUUUAUUUGUGUAUCUAACUAGUCAAUGUUUAAACAGAUCCAGGGAUUGAUGCGGGAGAUUGGGAAGGGGCCAAAGUCUCAAACUGGAGUGUCUUCUUUUUACUCUGAUAUGAUAAAGUCAAAAUGGUUUACUGUGACUUUACAGUUAGUGUUUCAACCUCCACUGAGUGAUUAUUAUUUCUACAGACGCUGUGUUUGUUUGUUGCAGUGAGAUUUGUAUAAUGACAGUGUUCAUUCUUAUGAUUAAUGGUUAUUAUAGGCAGCAUGUUUGUGCGGCGUUCCCAACCUGAGAAAUAUUAUCAGGCCUAUUUUGAAACCUAUGAAAUAUACUAUAUUUAAUAAAUUCCUUUCUGUUCUUGUGCAGGAGCCCUCGAUGUCUCCAGAGUCAGCCCUAUAGCCUGCUGGUUCAGCUCCAUGCUCUUCUGUUUCGGUGGAGCGGUGCUGUCCGCCAUCAUGCUGGCCGAGCCUGCUGUUGCUCCUUUGUCCAACAGCACCAGUGUUCUGCUCGCUUCUGUCAUCUGGUAAGUGAUCUGGAAAAAUCAAGGAAGGAAGAGGGAAACAGUGACAGUUAGUGAAAGCCCCUCUGCUGCCCUGAGGGAUAAAUAAACUCGUGAUUUCCCUCUAUGACCAACCAAAGAGCACAAUAAUGAGUUUUAUAUUUAGAAGAAAUGUGAGUCUAACUGAUUUACUCUUUAAAACAUAAGCUUAAAAAGAGGAUUAUGAGUGAAACACAGAGUUUAUUGUGAACCCUCCACUUUUGAACAUGUAGCCUUUGGCGCCCUCUUCUGGUGACACAUUUAAUUACAUCUCUCUCUUUCAUUGCAACUCAGCAGUGCCCCCAGCUGGUAAUGCCAGGUAACUAACAGAGCCUGGCAAGUGUGGUUGUAGCAAUAUCGAAUUAACUAAUACACUCUGUAAAUGCAUGAAUGCAGCAGAAAGAUCAGGUGUUUCUAUCUUUCUAUCUCUCUGAAUGAUUCCUGUCUCUGCAGGUACCUGGUGUUUUACUGCCCCAUGGACCUGGUGUACUGCACUGCUGCCCUGCUGCCUCUCCGGCUGGUACUCUCAGGGAUGAAGGAGGUGACCAGGACGUGGAAGGUGCUGGGUGGGGUCACACAGGCGCACAGCAAAUACAAUGACAGUCUGCUGGUCAUGAUCGCCAUUGGCUGGGCUAGAGGUCAGUAUCUGGUGGUGCAUACUGGAGGAGAAAAAAUCAUAAAUUUGGGUAUUUUAGCUGAAUUUGCACUCGGUCUCAACACUCAGUUUGAAUUGCAGGUGCUGGAGGAGGUCUGAUCAGUAACUUUGAGCAGCUUGUUCGAGGUGUUUGGAAACCAGAGACCAAUGAGCUCCUCAAGAUGUCUUAGUAAGUCCUCUACAACAAUCUGUUUAUUCUUGAACAGUGAUUUCUUUCUUUACCUACGGCACAGAGAGGAAGUUUUUAUUUUUGAGUAUAUGUAAUAAAAGAUUGGGGGAUUUACGCUUCUCCAAACGUGGAUUUGAAGCUGCAGUGUCAGUGCUAGUUAUAACCAACAAAGCCACUUCCUGAGGUCUAGACUGAAAUGAUACCGCUCCUAACUUUCACUCUGUGCUGCUUGUGCUGUUCUUUAAAAGAAAGUUUUGUUUUUAUGUAAAGCACACUGAGUUGUCUUGGUAUGAAAUGCACUUUAUGAAUAAAGAUGCCUUGCCUUGUCUUUGUGACUGUCGGUGCAUUUUUACUAAGGUUAAUGCACUAAUUUUGAUCAAUUAAUCCCUUGAAAAUAUCACUUUUCAAAAAAUGAUGCAGGUAAAUCACCUUCUGACACCAUACCUGGCUUACAGGUAGUUAAUGUGUGAAAAACACAGGCUACAAUUGUAAGCCCUUCCUUGUCAAGAUAAAUCUACUCCGGUCAAGUUUGAGGUGUCAUUCAGAAAUGUGUUCUCCGUGAAGACCAAAUCUCCUUUAUGCACUCUUUUAAUAUCAUUUUAUAGAAUAAGUCUUUGGUGGAUAAAGAUAUCUCUCUGUUUUACAUACUUCUUAAUUUUCUUUUUCAAGUCCCACCAAGAUCACCUUGAUUGGGGCGGUGCUGUUCUCUCUGCAGCAGACUCACUACCUGCCCCUCCAGAAGCACCACUUGAUGCUCCUCUACACCGUCUUCACUGUCGUCAACAAGGUCAGUCUGUUGUAUAUGUUGUUGUUUGUGUGACACUGUGACCAUAAGAAAUAAACACAAAACAGAACACGUGCAUAAAUCUAUUUAUUUAUAAAGAAUUUGGUAUAAUAGACUGUUUUUUUAAUGAGGCGUUUUCUCAGGUACAAAGAAUGUUUCUGUGCUGUUGCACCCUCAAAGUCUGCAGUGUCCUGUCUUCUAAAUGACCUUUCUCCCUCUGCCUUUUUGAAGUUUUAGCUGAUGUGACUCACAUUAACUCGGUAUUACCCGUAGGGCUGGGGCUUUUGCAUCAUUUUCAUCAGCUUGCAUCAUCCUCUCUUCUCUGGGAAACUUGUGCUCUUGACUGAGACACAGAUAAAUCCACCAUGUCUUCUUUCAACUCUCAUUCUGUUAGCCUGCUCUGUCUCUGAUCCGUCAAAUUAACGCCAAGCCAUUUCAUCAGAUUUAAAGAGCUGCAUCCAACACUGCUGUUUAUCAUUCUGUGCUCCUGAUGGUAAAGAUGCUAAAGAUUUAUUCCAUUACGAGAAUUACAUUCUGAUCUUGCACCUUGCCGUUCGAUUAGUUUGUAUGUUUGCUCUCCAUUGAAAAACAAUUUAUCAAAUACUGCAUGUCGCCUGAGCACACUGGUCAAAAGUGAAACUGCCAACGUAACACUAUCAUAUAAUCAUCUAAGAAGGUCAUGUGAAAAAAAUCGUAAAAUUUCCACAACCUAAAAAAAAAAUGAACAGAUACGGUACAACAUUGUCACUCUGCAUUUGGUCUGUAAUGACCUACUACCACCUGUGAUUUAAGUUGAUUUCUCAUGAUUUGCAGCUUAACAGCUCUGCUGCCAUUGCCUGGAUUGCAGGACACGAUUUUGCACCACUUUUUAAGCUAUCUGCGAUGGUUGUAGCUCCUCAGGCUGCUUUCACAUCUAUAACCUUUAUCAUUUCCAAACUCUUGAUACAAGGCGGAAACUAGCAGUUUUGCCACAGUGUCAACAGGCAGAGGUGAACUUUGCCAGACUCCUUUGGGUGGAUCCAAUAUAACUCACCCAGAGUUGGUUUUAAAGCCAAGGUUUCUAAUGUGCAUUUAUUGGUCAUGUAGCCAACAAAUAAUUUUACAUCCAGCUCGCAUAUCAACAAUUUUUGGAGCUGCACAGUCACAAAAGGUUCAUUAUCACGAGUCACUGCUUUAAUGUAAAUUUAACUGCUUUGAAAUGAAAGUUGUUAAUAGAUGCUUUUAAUUUAAGAGCCUGUAGUUUGUGAGUUAUCAAACAUUGAUCUACUCCAUUUAGGGCUGGGCGAUAUGGCCUCAAACCAAUAUCACAAUAUAUUUAGCAGUUCACCUCAAUAGUGAUAAAUGGACGAUAACUACUCCACAAGUUGCUCACCCCCUCCCACAUUAACUUCGUCUACUUCAGCUGUCGCUCCAGCUUUUGAACGUAGGAUGUAGGACAACAUCUUCAAGGGGCAUGAGACCAUCGCCUACCUACACACAUCCAAAACUAUUAUUUAUUUUUUGUCACAGAAUAUACUGAUAUGGGCAAAAUGACCUCGGUUAUUGUCGUAAAUUUAAGUAUCGGUAAAUUUUCGGUUUAUCACCCAGCCCAACUCCAUUCUUCAUAAUUGUCCUCUCUUUCAUUUUAGUCAAGGAUGAUGCUGACGGGCUCUUCCACUUCCCCAUUUGCUGUCAUUGAGUCAGCGGUCUACAAGACCCUCUUCACCGGCUACUCACCUUAUUCUGCCCUCACAGGGGAGGUAAAUAAUCCUUGCAUUGAUAACGGGGCAACCAACACCACAACCUCUACUGCAGACAAAAGAAGAGAGUCCUCUGAGAACGGAGAAGCAGGGCAACACUCCCCAGUUCCUCCUGUUAAGGGACAAAGUGAAUCACUCAAAGCCAAAGACGAGUCAGGGAACACGGAGACGGCGAGCUGCAAGAAGACCGACUAGUCAGCCUCUGCCCGUAGCGCCUUUUCACCUCUAAGCCGGGUUGUAGAGUCAUUUCUGAUUCAGAUUUGUCAUUUCAGGACUUAAACUUUUCUGACUGCUGAAAAAAAAUAACUAUGAGAGCCGACUCCAACCAACCCUGCACCUUAUUGUGGGAUAAUCAGCCCAUCCCUAAAGUACUGUGAAAUUCAUGCUGUCGGAUGUGAAAAUCAAACUAUCCUGUGGCUGAUGGUACAUGCAGUGCAAAAAGUGUAGCUUAAUUUUGAUUAUAUAUUUAUAACAAAUACAAACUUAUCGUUUUAUCUAUCUCUGGGUUUUGGGAACAAUGCUGUGCACCUGCUGCUUUUUUUCCUCUGUACAUAAUUUGCUUCACCUAAAUACUAUAUUUCCUACUCUUUAAUUUAAGUGAUUUUAUAAAAGAGAAAUUUAUUCUAUGACACUCAUAUUUUAUUCUAUUUAUACUAAAUGAUUGCACUCUUGAAUGUAUGAGAUUUCAGAUCGGAUGACAGCCUUUUUAUUUCAUGUUUCCUUAUUGAAUGCUUUGAAAUACGUUUGAAAGCAUGGGAAUAAAAAGGUUUAAAUGCAUUA